UACAAAAACUGCGCACUUGUUUCUGCUAAUCCGAAUUUUGGCGGAAUUUAUUUUUAUUCUCUGAUCUGAUUACCGUUGAUUGACAUGUUUGCCAGUCUUUUAAAUACCGUGGUGCUGUUAUUUGAUAGAGCAACACCGCGAAGAUUGCGCGCGACAAGAUUUCUCUCUGAAAUAUCCGUUUGAAGAGUGGGCCCGUAUGGGGCCCGUGUAAUCUGGGGUGUUGGGUGUCAGAAGAGUUGCAGAGCCUUUACCGAACUACUGGCCUGAAUCAGAAUGGCCUGAAUGCUUCCACCUGAUGAAACCAGCGAACAAGCUCUUUGCGGGCUCCCAGAGGCCGAAUCGGGCCGUCUGAGAGCGGCUCAGGUGGCACCGGCUGCGUGACCGUCCCACCGCUUUCGCCACUCCGCCUUUACGACCAACCGGCCCCGCAGACAUGACCGCUCCGAACCAGACCCCGACUGUUUUUAGAGGAAUCUGCAAGCAGGUUCUUUCUGGAGAUGCGAUCACGAUCCGUAGCCAGCCGCGCACGGGCCGGCCCAAGGAGCGUCAGCUGAACCUCAGCAAUGUGACGGCUCCGCGGCCGGCGCGGCGCGGCCCCGGCAACACGGACGCCACCGCCGACGAGCCGUGCGCCUGGGCCAGCCGGGAGUUCCUGCGCAAAAAGCUGGUCGGCAAGGAGGUGCUCUUCACCAUCGAGACGUCCACAAACACGGGCCGAGAGUACGGCCACGUCUACCUGGGCAACGACAUCGCCACCGGUGAGAAUGUGAUCGAGACGCUGGUAUCGGAGGGCCUGGUGCAGGUCCGGCGAGACAACCUACGAGACUCGGCCGCCAAACUGAUCGAGCUCGAGGACAACGCAAAGGCGGCCGGCAAGGGCAAGUGGGCGCCCGACGCCAGCUCGCAGGUGCGUGACAUCAUCUGGUCGGUGGAGAGUCCGCGGGUGCUGGUGGAAAAGUUCGGCGGCAAGCCGGUGCCGGCGGUGAUCGAGCACGUGCGGGACGGCUCGACGCUGCGCGCCUUCCUGCUGCCCGAUAUGUAUCACGUGACGGUGAUGCUGUCUGGCGUGCGCUGCCCCACCGUUAAACUGGGAUCGGACGGUAAGCCGGACCCGUCUCUGGCCGAGCCGUACUUUGAGGAGGCGCGCUUCUUCGUGGAGUCUCGACUGCUGCAGCGUGAGGUCACCAUCGUGCUCGAGUCGGUCAACAACGCUAACUACAUCGGCAGCGUCCUCCACCCGAACGGCGACAUUGCCGAGCUGCUGCUGCGCGAAGGGUUCGCACGCUGCGUCGACUGGUCGAUCGCGCACUCGCACGCGGGAGCCGAGACGCUGCGAGCCGCCGAGCGCUCCGCGAAGGAGAAGAAACUCCGGAUAUGGAAGGACUACAAGCCGGCCUCCAUGGGCUCGGUCAAGGACAAAGACAUCCAGGGCAAGGUAAUCGAGAUCGUCAACGCUGACGCGCUCGUGAUCCGGAUGCCGGACAACUCGACCAAGAAGAUCUUCCUGUCGUCGGUGCGGCCGCCGCGCAUGGAGAACAAGGAGGGACAGGAGGUGAAGCGGACGCAACGCGUGCGGCCCCUCUACGACGUGCCGUUCAUGUGGGAGGCGCGCGAGUUCCUCCGCCGUAAGAUGAUCGGUCAGAAGGUGCAGGUGCACGUGGACUAUGUGCAGCCGGCGUCUGACGGCUACCCGGAGAAGACGUGCUGCACCGUCCGUCUGGGCGGCGUCAACAUGGCCGAGGCGCUGGUCGGCAAGGGCCUGGCCACCGUGGUGCGCUACCGACAGGACGAGGAGCGCCGAUCGUCCCAGUACGACGCGCUGCUCGCCGCCGAAAUGAAGGCCCAGAAGAGCGGCAACGGCAUGUACGGAAAGAAGGAGAACGCCACCGUCAAGGUGCAGGACUGCGCCGGGGACCUGGUCAAGUCGAAGCAGUUCCUGCCGUUCCUGAAGCGUAUCGGUCGCGCCGACGGUAUCGUCGAGUUCGUGGCCAGCGGCUCUCGGAUGCGCGUGUACGUGCCGCGCGAGACGUGCCUGGUGACGCUGCUGCUGGCGGGCGUGUCGUGUCCGCGCGGCGCGCGCCCGGCGCCCGGCGGCGCCGGCACCAUGGAGGCCGAGCCGUUCGGCGAGGAGGCGGCCGCCUUCACCCGCGACCUGUGCCUGCAGCACGAGGUGCAGAUCGAGGUGGACUCGAUGGACAAGGGCGGCAACUUUAUCGGCUGGGUGUUCCUGGGCGACAAGAACCUGGCCGUGGAACUGGUGGCCGCCGGCCUCUCGUCGAUGCACUUCUCGGCCGAGGAGUCAAAGUACUACACGGCGCUGCAGCGGGCGCUCGAGCAGGCGCAGAAGGCCAGGAAGGGGAUCUGGAAGGACUAUGUGGAGAAGACGCCCGUGGCCGACGAGCCGGCCGCAGAGGCGGAGCCCACCGAGCGCAAGGAGCACUACAAGUCGGUGGUGGUGACCGAGGUCGGCGAAGAGUGCCGCUUCUUCGCGCAGAGCGUCGACAAGGGCCAGGAGCUCGAGACCAUGAUGGAGAAGAUGCGGGCGGAGAUGGCGGCCAACCCGCCGCUGCCCGGCGCCUACCGGCCCAAAAAGAAUGACCAGAUCGCCGCCAAGUUCGUCGACAACGAGUGGUACCGGGCGCGCGUGGAGCGGAUCGCUCAGGGCCAGGUGAGCGUCAUCUACGUGGACUACGGCAACCGGGCGACCAUCCCGGUGACGGACUGCGCGGCGCUGCCGGGCAUGUUCGCGGCCGCGCCCCGGUACGCCAAGGAGUACUGCCUCGCCUGCGUCAAAAUGCCCAAGGACGAGGACAUGAUCAAGGAGUCUCAGCUGGCGCUCAGCGAGGACGUCCUCAACCGAGAGGUGGAGCUCAACAUCGAGUACCGCGACGGGCUCGAGUACGUGACGCUGCGCGCCGCCGGCCAGGACGUCGCCAAGGGCCUGGUCGAGGAGGGCCUGCUGAUGGUGGACGCCAGGCGCGACCCGCGCGUGCGCGAACUGGUGGCCGACUACCAGGCGGCGCAGGACCGCGCGCGACGCGAGCACAAGAACAUCUGGCAGUACGGCGACGUCACGGACGAUGACGCCACAGAGUUCGGCCGCUGAGCCGCCGCCGUGCCCGGCGAAUCCGGCAGACAUUGGGUGGACACUUUCCGAGGGUCGGCGUGUCGCCGCGCUGGGCCCGUUCAUUCCUGCUGUUUACUUUUGUACGGGGUGCAACUGGGUCCAGUGUGUGAGCGCGCGCGGCCCGGGUGCUGGGCUUGUGCCGCUGGGGCGGAUCCUAUAGGCCGUCUGCGGCGGCCGACUGCAUGUGACGACAAUGAAAUUGAAGGACUCUAUGCCAAGGACAAAUAAAUCUACAGGUCGAAGG